AUGGGCCAAGAAAUUGGACUGCGCAUCUGGAUCUUGGGUAGCACGGAAAGCGAAUACCAGGCACACCGGACCACGAGACAUCUUGCCUUUCUGGGUGUCAAAGUUUCAUACACUCCACAUAUCAGCUACUCACACGAGCAACUGACCGCGACUGACGAUAUUGAGACCCUGUUGCACAAGCAGCGAACUGACUUUGAACGUGAGCCGUUGUAA